UUAUCUGAAUGAACCACAAAGACGAAACUAAUGCUAGCCAACCAUUACGGCUAGGAUUUAAAUACUCUCAUACUCUUCGCUCAAAAAACUCAAACACGUCGCACCAAACAGAGCCUCUAUUUUUCCCGGACAAAAUGUCCGUGGCACGUCUCUCCGACCCCAUUCUCCGGCCACUCUCCGGCCAUUUAACCUCUACACACCCUCCACACCAAAUUAAACUCAAACGAAGUGCGUUACCAGUAAACAGAACCAGAAAAAUGAACUGGACAGUUAAAAUGAGCAUGGUGGAGCAGAGCCCGACAAAAUCAACGGUCGAUGUUAAACAAUUUGUUGAAUUCUUGUAUGAGGAUCUUCCGCAUCUGUUUGAUGAUCAGGGUAUUGAUCGGACGGCGUACGAUGAACGUGUCAAGUUUCGAGACCCCAUUACAAAGCACGAUACUAUAAGUGGAUAUUUGUUUAACAUUGCGAUGUUGAAGAAGAUCUUUACUCCUGAUUUUUACUUGCAUUGGGUCAAACCGACAGGGCCUUAUGAAAUAACGACAAGGUGGACGAUGGUCAUGAGGUUUAUUCUGCUGCCCUGGAAACCUGAAUUGAUAUUUACAGGCACUUCUGUGAUGGGCAUCAACCCAGAGACUAACAAGUUCUGUAGCCAUGAGGACUUCUGGGAUUCUAUUAAAAAUAAUAACUAUUUUUCUCUUGAAGGAUUAUGGGAUGUAAUGAAGCAGCUGCGGAUUUAUAAGACUCCAGAUUUAGAGACACCUAAGUUUCAGAUAUUGAAGAGGACAUCCACGUAUGAGGUCAGAAAAUACUCUCCAUUCAUAGUUGUUGAAACUCAGGGUGAAAAGCUGGCUGGCUCAACUGGAUUCAAUACUGUUGCUGGGUAUAUAUUUGGGAAGAAUUCCACAACAGAAAAGAUACCUAUGACAACCCCAGUCUUUACCCAGGCAUUUGAUGCUGAUAUGUCAAAGGUGUCUAUUCAAAUAGUUCUUCCAUCAGAAAAAGAUAUGAACAGUUUGCCAGAUCCUAACCAAGAGGAUAUUAGUUUGAGGAAAGUUGAAGGAGGUAUUGCUGCAGUACUGAAAUUUAGUGGAAAGCCAACUGAGGACAUUGUUUCUGAGAAAGAGAAAUUACUUCGAUCUAGUCUUUUAAAAGAUGGUCUGAAUCCCAAGACAGGUUGUUUGCUUGCCCGUUACAAUGAUCCUGGACGAACAUGGAACUUUAUAAUGAGAAAUGAAGUGCUGAUAUGGUUGGAAGAUUUCUCACUGGAAGAUUCAUAAUGGCAAACAUAGGAUUUUUGUCGAUCUCAAAGCUCAGUUUUGGAAGUACACUGUUGACGAUUCAUACAGCAAAGUCAAGAUAUGAAAUUGUAACAAGAUCUCUGCAUAAUAUCAACUUAAAUCUGCAAAAAUAAACCGUAGUACCUAGAAAGCCUUAAAAAUAGUUAUACAGAAACAUAGAGUUUCUUGUGACUGGUGUUUGCAGAGAAUGUCAUCAUCUUUCUUUGUAAAGUCAAAAUUUCCCGAUAGACUUUAGAUGUCCCGACUCUCGUGUGCAACAAAUAUAUGUUAUUUUUAUUAUAGGCC